CAAUCGCCACAUAGCUCUAGCCAACGUUGAGCCUUAGAGCAGGCAUUCAACUACACACAGGGCGACAAACUUAAUGCAUUUCCAAGACCCCUUACGGUUGACCGCAACAAACGGCCUAGCUACGUCUGUCAGCAUAAGCUGAAGUCGUCUCAAAAGGACAAGGUUCGUCAGUUCAUGACCUUUACUCAGUCUGGGGAGAGGACAGCUGUGUACUGCCUGACCCAGAAUGACUGGAAACUAGAGGUGGCCACAGACAACUACUUCCAGAACCCCGACCUCUACUAUAAAGAAUCCAUGAAAACCUCUGUGGACCGCAAGAAGCUAGAACAGCUCUACAACCGAUACAAAGACCCCCAGGAUGACAAUAAGAUCGGUAUCGAUGGGAUCCAGCAGUUCUGUGAUGACCUCACCCUGGACCCGGCCAGUAGGAGUGUUCUGGUGGUGGCCUGGAAGUUCCGUGCCGCCACACAGUGUGAGUUCAGCAGGAAGGAGUUCCUCGACGGCAUGGCCGAGCUGGGCUGUGACAGUCCAGAGAAGCUGAAGGCUCUGCUCCCCAGACUAGAACAGGAAGUCAAAGACACAGCCAAGUUUAAAGACUUCUAUCAGUUCACCUUCAACUUCGCCAAGAACCCUGGACAGAAGGGACUAGACCUGGAGAUGGCUGUGGCCUACUGGAACCUGGUUCUAACUGGUCGAUUCAAGUUCCUGGACCUCUGGAACAGGUUUCUAUUGGAGCAUCAUAAGCGGUCGAUCCCCAAAGACACGUGGAACCUGCUACUGGACUUUGGCAACAUGAUCGCAGACGACAUGUCCAACUACGACGAGGAAGGAGCUUGGCCUGUCCUCAUAGACGACUUUGUGGAAUUUGCCCGGCCAAUCGUGACAGGGGGCAAGCGUAAAACCAUAUAGGUCAUACCCAGUUCCCAGCAGGGGCUGACGAUUUUAUACACACCAGCCAAAAAGAGACUUCUACCAGACUGUCCAAGUUUGUGAGACUGAGCUGCCAAUCAGGGGCCGGGGAGCGACAUGACAGCCAAUCGGAGAGAAGGAAAACAACAACAGGAAGAGGAAGUUAUCUUUUUCUUUGUUUUGGGACUGAGUCACUCCGGGAGGCGGGCUGUUAGCAGGGGGUGGGAUCGUCGCGGAGCUAUGAGCUCUGCUCCCAUUGGCUGGCUGGAUCAGACUGAUCGGCCAACGACUACAGUACCCAUACACCAGCCACCAUCAGAUCAGUGGGCGUGUCUAUAGAUUCUAGAACUGGUGCUCUGGUCCCACCCCCCCUAGCUGCAGCCCCCCCCCAACCCCGCCCCCUCCUUACUAAAGAACGACCAGGGAGAGCAAACAGAACGGCAGAGAGGGGCGGACGGUUUGCUCUCUGCAGCAGACCGACAGAAUGGUGUGAUAUUUGAUCCAGUGGAGGCUGCUGAGAGGAGGACGGCUCAUAAUAAUGGCUGGAACGGAGCGAAUGGAACGGCAUCAAACACCUGGAAACCAUGUGUUUGGUGUAUUUGAUACCAUUCCACGGAUUCAGAUCCAGUCAUUACCACGAACCUGUCCUCCCCAAUUAAGGUGCCACCAACCUCCUGUGGUCUGAACCCACAGUAGUAAGACGUGUCCAUGGUGGAUGAACGAGGAGCUUGGAGGUUCUGCAUGUGUUUCUGGUUGAGCGUUAAGCGGCUGGACGGAGGAACAACAACAACUUUUUUUUAUUAUUAUUAUCAUUGAGUUUCUUCUCAUCGAAUCAGAGGUGAGGGGUGUGGUCGUCAUCCAAUGUUCUCAUCCAAUCCAACGUCAGUGUAAUGUUCUGCUUCCAUUUCAAUCUAAAGUGUAAAAGUUGGGUCCGUUUUGUUGUUAAUAUGUGUGAGGUUCAGGGUCUAUAUCCACAAAGCGUCUGAGAGUACGAGUGCUGACCUGGGAUCAGUUUAGCCUUUUAGAUCAUAAUGAAUACUAGAGAGGACCAGAUCCUAGUGCUGACCUGGGAUCAGUUUAGCCUUUUAGAUAAUAAUGAAUACUAGUGAGGACCAGAUCCUAGUGCUGACCUGGGAUCAGUUUAGCCUUUUAGAUAAUAAUGAAUACUAGUGAGGACCAGAUCCUAGUGCUGACCUGGGAUCAGUUUAGCCUUUUAGAUCAUAAUGAAUACUAGAGAGAGGACCAGAUCCUAGUGCUGGUCUGGGAUCAGGUUAGCCUUUUUAGAUCAUAAUGAAUACUAGAGAGAGGACCAGAUCCUAGUGCUGAUCUGGGAUCAGGUUAGCCUUUUAGAUCAUAGUUAGUGAGAGGACCAGAUCCUAGUGCUGACCUGGGAUCAGGUUAGCCUUUUUAGAUCAUAAUGAAUACUAGAGAGAGGACCAGAUCCUAGUGCUGACCUGGGAUCAGGUUAACCUUUUAGAUCAUAGUGAGUGAGAGGACCAGAUCCUAGUGCUGACCUGGGAUCAGUUUAGCCUUUUACAUAAUAAUGAAUACUAGAGAGAGGACCAGAUCCUAGUGCUGAUCUGGGAUCAGGUUAACCUUUUAGAUCAUAGUGAGUGAGAGGACCUACUCUGAGACGCUUUAGGAAUACAGGCCCAGUUCAGAUAGAACCGGACCGACCGACAGAGCAGCAUGCUUUAAAGCUCAACACCAGCAGAAGUACUAUGGCUACAGUUGGAACAGACUGUGACCAUAGGAUUCAUGUAUAGAUAUACCAUUUUAGAAUAAUGAAUAUGAUACAAUAUAAAGAAGACACGAUGACAUUUAUAAUUGUGAGGGAGAGGAAGAAGUACGAGGUCCUCAGAUUUCUAGGCCGUGUCCCAAACUGUACCCUAUUCCCUGUAUAGUACUGGUCAAAAAGUAGUGCACUAUAUAGGGAACAGGUUUGCCCAUUUGGGAUGCGCCAUGUCUCCUUUCUGUUUGAUUUGAGUUUGUUUGGGGUGUAACUGUUCACAUCACCAGAGACCUUGACUGUUGGUCUGGCAGUUAUUUUAUUUUCACAAGCAACGCACAGGAAGUUGAGUCUAUGAAUCGUAUUCAGUCUACAGCACUGUAUAUAGUUCAUAGUUGAAUCUAUGAAUCGUAUUCAGUCUACCACACUAUAUAGUUCAUAGUUGAAUCUAUGAAUCGUAUUCAGUCUACAACUCUGUAUAUAGUUCAUAGUUGAAUCUAUGAAUCAUAUUCAGUCUACAACUCUGUAUAUAGUUCAUAGUUGAAUCUAUGAAUCGUAUUCAGUCUACAACUCUGUAUAUAGUUCAUAGUUGAAUCUAUGAAUCAUAUUCAGUCUACAGCACUGUUCAUAGUUGAAUCUAUGAAUCAUAUUCAGUCUACAACACUGUAUGUAGUUGAAUCUAUGAAUCGUAUUCAGUCUACAACACUGUUCAUAGUUGAAUCUAUGAAUCGUAUUCAGUCUACAACUCUAUAUAGUUCAUAGUUGAAUCUAUGAAUCGUAUUCAGUCUACAACACUAUAUAGUUCAUAGUUGAAUCUAUGAAUCGUAUUCAGUCUACAGCACUGUAUAUAGUUCAUAGUUGAAUCUAUGAAUCGUAUUCAGUCUACAGCACUGUAUAUAGUUCAUAGUUGAAUCUAUGAAUCGUAUUCAGUCUACAACACUGUUCAUAGUUGAAUCUAUGAAUCGUAUUCAGUCUACAACUCUGUAUAUAGUUCAUAGUUGAAUCUAUGAAUCGUAUUCAGUCUACAACUCUGUAUAUAGUUCAUAGUUGAAUCUAUGAAUCGUAUUCAGUCUACAACACUGUUCAUAGUUGAAUCUAUGAAUCAUAUUCAGUCUACAGCACUGUUCAUAGUUGAAUCUAUGAAUCAUAUUCAGUCUACAACACUGUAUGUAGUUGAAUCUAUGAAUCGUAUUCAGUCUACAGCAGCAGUUUAAAUCAAGUCUAAUGUUAUUGGUCACAUACACCUGUUUAGCAGAUGUUAUUGCAGGUGCAGCGAAAUGCUUGUCAACACACCCCAGUUCUUUGUUUUUAAACCGUUUCAGUUGUUUGUGUUGUUUUGGUUGGUCGUCAUGGGUUACUGCUAGCCAGCCCAGUGACGUGAAUGUUACAGUACAUCAUCAGACCAGACUGAGACAUGUCUACUACACACACACACACACACACACACACACACACACACACACACACACACACACACACUCUCUCUCUGUGUGGUUAUAGUACAUCAUCAGACCAGACUGAGACAUGUCUACUAGCUACUACACACACACACACACACACACACACACACGGAACAUCUCAGUAACAGACAUCCUCUAACGCAGCAGGUAACAGGAGUUCUGCUUCAUUCUCUGGAAAUGUUCCUGAGAUUAUGGACUGCGCCUCGUCUAUCUCCCAAAUGGCACCUUAACGUUGUGCACUAUGUAGGGAAUAGGGUGCUAUUUGGGAGGUAUGUUUUAAGUUACACUUGUUAUGCCAUCUGGGGGGGGGGGGGGGGGGGGGGGUGUAAUGAAAACAUUCUGUUCAGUGUUGACGUGUAUCGACAGGAGAAGACAGAGACUAUGGAAGAGAGAGAGAGAGAGAGAGACGUCCUCUGAACUUCCUACACUACGGUACGCGCUGAGAGAGUGUCCAAUGUGUUGACUGUCUGAGCUUUACUCAUAUUCAGUAUAUUAUUUUCACUGAGAGAAAAGAAAGAGCAUUUAAAACACAUGUCAUCGUUCUGCUACGGAGACGUUCUACAUGACUUUGUUUUGAACAACAGAAGGUCCCGGCAAUAAAGCAUGUUGUUUUUUAACAAAAAAACGGAA